CUCUGCAAAGCAGCUUGGCACUCUUUUUGUGAACCUGUGUGUUACUGCAGAGACCCAUGAAGUCUCCGCUCUCUGGUUCCUGUGGUACGUGAAGCAGUGUGGUGGCACCACCAGAAUCAUCUCAACAACCAAUGGAGGGCAGGAGAGGAAGUUUGUAGGUGGAUCUGGUCAGGUGAGUGAGCGGAUAAUGGACCUCCUCGGGGACCGGGUGAAGCUAGAGAGACCUGUGAUCCACAUUGACCAGACCGGAGACAAUGUCGUCGUGGAGACACUAAACCAUGAGCUGUACGAGGCUAAAUAUGUGAUCAGCGCGAUUCCUCCUGUUCUGGGCAUGAAGAUUCACUUCAAUCCCCCUCUGCCAAUGAUGAGAAAUCAGCUGAUCACUCGUGUCCCUUUGGGUUCAGUCAUAAAGUGCAUGGUUUAUUAUAAAGAACCCUUCUGGAAGAAAAAGGAUUUCUGUGGCACCAUGAUGAUUGAAGGAGAGGAUGCUCCAAUUGCCUACACAUUGGAUGAUACCAAACCGGAUGGCAGCUAUGCCGCCAUAAUGGGAUUUAUCCUUGCUCACAAAGCCAGAAAAUUGGCACGUCUUACCAAAGAAGAGAGGCUGAAGAAACUCUGUGAGCUCUACGCAAAGGUUCUGGGCUGCCAGGAAGCUCUGCAGCCGGUGCAUUAUGAAGAGAAGAACUGGUGUGAGGAGCAGUACUCGGGGGGCUGCUACACGACCUACUUCCCCCCUGGGAUCAUGACUCAAUAUGGAAGGGUUCUACGCCAGCCAGUAGGCAGGAUUUUCUUCGCGGGCACUGAGACAGCCGCGCAUUGGAGUGGUUACAUGGAGGGGGCUGUGGAGGCUGGGGAGAGAGCAGCUAGAGAGAUCCUGCAUGCCAUAGGGAAGAUCCCAGAAGAUGAAAUCUGGGCACCAGAACCAGAGUCUGUGGAUGUCCCUGCACUGCCCAUCACCACCACCUUCCUGGAGAGACACUUGCCCUCCGUGCCAGGCUUGCUGAAGCUGAUUGGAUUGACCACCAUCUUUUCAGCAACAGCUCUUGGCUUCCUUGCCUACAAAAAGGAGCUACUCGUGCGUGUCUAAAGAGAGGCCAUCUGUAAACAUGCCUUAUUCUUGUUCUCCUUGGGAUAUGGGCUUGGGGAAGGGGUCGCAAUAAAAUCGUCGAAGACAUAAAGAAUGCAGAGUGAGGUGAGAAGCCUGAGGGUAAGUCAGACCACAGGAAACACAGCAUCACUUUCUCCUUUUUGAUCCCUGGUUAGCAUCCUUGCUUAGCACUCUGUCCCACCCAUUCCAACGUCACAGCUCUCAGAAUCUUUCAGUAGUUAAAUAGGUUUGUUUAAGGUCCUUGUCCUACAAUAUACCUUGCCCGUGCACCCACAACUGUUUUCUCCUUCUGUGGCUUUGUGCUUGUUCUUCCUCCUACCUGUAAUAUCCUUACCUUUCCAUUCUCUCUGCAUUUGUCCUUAAAAUCCUAUAGUGUUAUAACCAGAAGACGUUAGACAACAUAUGAUUCAUAGCUUUUAGUUCAGAGUUAGGUGAGCAAACUGAAAUCAGCAGAAGUGGAACUCAGGGUCCACAACAAACCACUGGUGUUUGGGUGACUAGAAACGGGUUCAAUGUUUUUAACCACCUCCCUAGAUGUAUUUCCCAAUUGCCUUCCUCCAUCCCUGCCAUAGUCCCUCAUGGUGUCCCUGUGCGGGUUCACUCUGUACUAAGUUGUCUUGUGCCACGCAAAUGCUACUCAGUAUAAAUCCUUAAGUAUUGCUGUCUUGAGCAGUGUCUGAAGCUGAAUUUAAUUUUUUUGAGAGUAGGAAUCUUGUCUUUUUCUUUCUUGUGUAUCCUCCAUUAGGUCUCCAUACAAAGGUCAAUACACACUUGGGUAAUUAAAACUAAGCUGAUUGACUGGAUGUCUGCUGUCUUUUCUUUUUGGGCAAUGACUUUCAAGGUUUUGACAGACCAAAUCAAGAGCUAGUAUUAGGCAUAUAAUUGUGGUUUUGAA